CAACUUGGCAUAACCAUUGUGGCUUUGGCUUCUCUUAUAAAGAAACUAACCCCAGAGGGAUAGAUAACCAAAAAGAAUCCUCCUCCCUAGUAAUCAUAGUUCAUAAUAAGGAUUCUCUUACCUGAAAAGUUGACUCAGCCACCUAAAAACUUCUUUAAAUUCUUCUCCAACCCUCUACUCCUUUGCCACUCCAUCACUUCUCCUCUAGUUUAAACAGCUUCUUCAGCCUUUAAAAAAUGAGAUAUCUAUCACUUAGCCUCACUAGAGAAUACAACAUUAUGUUCAUAAGAGGCUUCAUGAUUCUGUUUCUCAGUUGUAUCACCAUUAGGCUUAAUUUCAGCAUUUCAACCAUCCCUUCUUCACUGAAAACACUUCCCUUGGAAGGACACUUAAGCUUUGCUGAAGCUGACCUCAAACAUGCGGCGAGAGACUUCGGCAACAGGUACCAAUCUCACCCCAUGGCAGUGCUGCAUCCGAAGUCAGUUUCUGACAUUGCAGCCACCAUAAAGCAUGUAUGGAACCUCGGUCCGAGUUCUCAUCUUACUAUUGCAGCCAGAGGCCAUGGCCACUCACUCCAUGGCCAGGCACAGGCACAUGGAGGAGUUGUGAUCAACAUGGAAUCAAUCAAGGUCCCUCAAAUGCAGGUUUAUUCAGGAGAAUUCCCUUAUGUGGAUGUCUCAGGUGGUGAAUUGUGGGUGAACAUACUGCAUGAGACACUGAGGUUUGGUUUAGCACCAAGAUCUUGGACAGACUAUUUGCAUCUCACAGUUGGUGGCACUUUAUCAAAUGCUGGUGUUAGUGGCCAGGCUUUUAGGCAUGGUCCCCAGAUAAGUAAUGUUCAGAAGCUGGAGGUUGUUACAGGAACUGGGGAGGUUGUAAACUGUUCUGAUGAGAAGAAUGGUGAGCUCUUCUACAGUGUGCUUGGGGGCCUAGGCCAGUUUGGCAUCAUAACAAGAGCAAGAAUCUUCCUAGAACCAGCACCCACCAUGGUAAAAUGGAUUAGAGUGCUGUAUGCAGAUUUCACAGCAUUCACAAGAGACCAAGAGCAAUUAAUAUUUUCCCAAAAAGCUUUUGAUUAUAUUGAAGGAUUUGUCAUCAUAAACAGAACAGGUCUGCUAAAUAACUGGAGAUUAUCCUUCAACCCACAAGAUCCAGUUGAAGCUAGUAAGUUCAAGUCAGAUGGAAGAACCCUCUUCUGUCUAGAACUGGCCAAAUACUUCAAUCAGGAAGAAAGCUUUGCAGUAAAUCAGGAAGUUGAGAAACAUUUGACCCACUUGAAUUACAUCCCAUCAACACUUUUUCAAACAGAAGUCACAUAUGUAGACUUUUUAGACAGGGUGCACAUCACAGAGGUAAAGUUGCGUUCAAAAGGCCUAUGGGAUAUUCCACACCCCUGGCUCAAUCUUUUCAUACCCCAAAGCAAAAUACAAAAAUUUGCAAAAGAAGUCUUCGGCAAUAUUGUGAGGGAAACAAGCAAUGGCCCGGUCCUAAUCUACCCAGUAAAUAAAUCAAAGUGGGACAACAGAACUUCUGUUGUUACCCCAGAGGAAGAUAUUUUCUACUUGGUGGCAUUUCUUGCCUCUGCAAUCCCCUCUUCCAAUGGACCUGAUGGUCUUGAACACAUUCUAAGUCAGAACAAAAGAAUCUUAGAAUACUGUGAAAGAGCCCAACUUGGAGUCAAGCAAUAUUUAGCCCACUACACUACACAGGAACAAUGGAGGGUGCAUUUUGGUCCUCAAUGGGAGAUUUUCCAGCAAAGAAAAUCUGUUUAUGACCCUUUGGCAAUACUUGCUCCUGGCCAAGGAAUAUUUCCAAAAUCAAUAACCUUAGCAUGAUGGCAGCCACAUUUUAUUAAUCUGGAAAUGAAUUAGCCCCUAAUGCCAAAUGUGAGCUGAAUUAGGAUCUCUCAUAUUACAUGACAAUAUCAAGUGAAACAUUGUGUUUUUCUCUCUCUUCGUAAACAUUUAGAGGAAUCCCCUAUAUAAUGCUUAUGAGAUGAGAGAUAUACACAAUAUUUCAAUAUGAUAGUGUCAUGUAAAAUUUUCACCUAAAAUGAUCCAGAUCCGAAUGCCACCUUACAUAGUGUGUAUGUGUAGCACUGUGGAAGCAGAGUGUGGCUAAGAUUUGUUCAACUAAAGACAAGAAACCUUUAAUCAGAGGUUUCCAGGAAUAUACGGAUAUUAUCAGUGCUACAACGAAUGUGUAUAACAAUUUACACAGUAUCUACUGUAGCCAAUUUCAAGAAAGAAAAUAAGUUAUAUGCA